CAUGGACACGACAGGUGGACUUACCUGCUGCGAUCCGGUCCUGGAGCGUCCCGGUUCUGAUCCGGUUACAGAGGAACGAGUUCGAUCAGCUGGUUCUACCAGAACCAGGACCGGAUCUGGAAAAGAACCAGGACUUGGACCAGAAUCAAAACCAGAACCAGAGCCAGAGCAGGUUUGGACCAGAACCAGAGGAAUCAGCCAAUCAGAACACAGACCAGGUGGAGCAGUUGAAGUAACAGCAGAAGGAGAAAGAGAAGAGUCCGUUUGUCCUGUAGCAUCCUGACUACAGAAACAGCUCAGCAUAACCCCAGCCAGCUGUAGGAGGACCGACCAGAACCUCCUCUGGAUCUUUCCAUUUUCCAUCACACCGGGCUCUGCUGCCCCCUGCUGGUCAUCUCGGCCUGUUACUGCUCCCUGCUCAAUAAAGUUCUGACCCGGUUAAUCUAAUGGAUUAGCUGCCUCAGCAGAUUAGCUGCUCGUCUGCUGCAGUCGACAUGGCGGCCCAGAGGAGCUCGAUUCUGCUCGCAGGUCUGCUGCUGGUACCGGUUCUGUUGGGAUCAGCCUUCGUGGAGGAGCUGGACGACACCUUCAUGGAAACUACAGAACCAGAGGAGAUCUGGCUCAUCCAGUUUUACGCCCCCUGGUGUUCCUUCUGCAAACAGCUGGAUCCUGUCUGGCACCAGAUCGGAUCAGAACUUCGGAGUCUCGGCUCUCCGGUUCGCGUUGGAAAAUCUGACGCUACAGUCAACACUGGUUUGGCCAGAGAGUUCAAGGUCCGAAAUUAUCCCGCCAUCCUCAUGCUGAAGAACGACGUCAAGUUCAACUACCCCGGGUCCAGAACCAAAGAGGCAAUUAUGGACUUUGCUGACCGGGUCUCAGGGCCGCUGGUUCGUUCUCUAAGCAGCACGCGCCUCUUCCAACACGCCGUCAGCCACCAUGACGUCCUGGUCCUUUAUGUGGGAGCAACGUCAGAGCUCAAGGGAAACCUGACGGCUGCAGCAGAGGAACUAAUCGUCCACACCUACUUCUUCUCUGCCAGCAGAGAGAUCCUGCCACAGGAAGUGACUCUGACGUCUCUACCAGCUGUGCUGCUUUUGAAGGACGGGACAUACUUCAUUUAUGAUGAGGAACAGGAUGGAGACCUGAAGUCCUGGAUCAAAAGAGAACGCUUCCCCAACUUCUUUCUGAUUGAUGGCUACACCCUGUAUGCCAUGGGGGAGUCAGGUAAACUGGUCUUACUGGCUCUGCUGGAGGAGAGACACCUGUGUGAAGAAAACCUAAGGUAUAAGCAUCUGGUGGAGAAGGUGGCCACAGAGCACAAGGACACCUAUGGCAGGUCAGAAAUUCUACUUUGGUUUCAUGGAGGACAGCGCGUACAUCGACGGACUCAUCAUGGGAGAGGCCCCUGUCCCCUCCCUGAUGGUGGUCAACCUGUCCAACGAUGGCUACUUCCUGCCGCCAGCCCCCAUAGAGACAGAGCUGCAGCUGCUGGACUUCCUGGACGGCGUGCUGGACGGCAGUGUGGAGGCUCUGGGAGGAAACGGCUUCACUCAGCGCGUCCGACGCUUCCUUUACGAGGCCAGAAUGACACUAACGCCGGUGUUCAGGGAUGCCCCGGUGCUCGGCUGCUUCCUGAUUGGCUUCCCGCUGGCGGUCGGCUGUGUCUUCUGCUACCUCUGCAUCAAGAACCGACCCGGUUCUGCUGAUGACGACGAAGACACUCCUCCGCUGGCGCCAUCGAUGCAACGCAAGAAGAAACUGACAGAGAAAAAGUCCAACUGAGCGGACGUAGAGGAACUAGACUUUAGGUCCAGAAAUGUAGGCCUUGAAGAAAAGGUUCUGGUUUGACCCAGAUGUACUUUCAAACAGGAACUUUCAUUAGUCAGCUCAGUUGUGUCUGUUUUAAUCCCAAUUAAAAACAUAAGUCAGUGAAA